GUAGAGGACGUGAAGAAAUUCUGCAGUAUUAAAGACAACGUCGACCAUAAGCGAUUUCUCACUUAGGAGACCGCAUGCAGGUGUUUUUUCUUCCCGUCUUCCGUAGGUCAGGGAGACCAGCAUGAUCUUCGCGGGUAUCACGACUAUUAGUGCCCUAUAUAGAAGGCUACAGCUGUUGUACGUUUAUGUUUAAAGCGGGGACGAAAAGGGUAGGAGGUGUGUUGGCUGAUGGUCUGGCUUAUCGCGGUAGAGGUCAGGAGUUUCUUCUGGUUCUCUCCUUCUUCCUCUUAUUUAAGCUUUUCUUUUUAAGGGGACGAAAUAAAAGGAAAAUAGCCGACGUGACUGACAGUCUGCCUCUAGAUGAGGGGAGAAAAAACAUGAUCGUCUAUAUCACCACUCUGGUCAGCAAACCUGCUGAAGGCUCAUCUGCAUCUGUUGAAGAAGGUUCUCCUAGUUCGGCCCUGACGCUUGCUAGUGGUGUGCGUGAACUUACUAAAGAGUAUUAUCGACUACGGGUAGGGCAUACAAAAAAUUAAGGCUCGUGGUCCUUGAGACAGAUCUGUUCCUUCAUUCAUCUACCCGAAAAAUGGAAGUGUGCGAGUACAGCUAACUGAAAUAGACGUCGCUACCCUUCUUUAAGUAAACGUCGCGACCCUAAUUGAAAUAAACAUAAAGGGGUCACAACGUCGCUACCUUUCUUUAAGUUAUACUGCUCCUACUAACUCCUCCUCCCUACUCCUCCCUACUCCUCCCUACUCCUUCCUACUCCUCCCUACUCCUUCCCACUCCUUCCUACUCCUUCCUACUCCUUCCUACUCCUUCCUACUCCUUCCUACUCCUUCCUACUCCUUCCUACUCCUUCCUACUCCUUCCUACUCCUUCCUACUCCUUCCUACUCCUUCCUACUCCUUCCUACUCCUUCCUACUCCUUCCUACUCCUUCCUACUCCUUCCUACUCCUUCCUACUCCUUCCUACUCCUUCCUACUCCUUCCUACUCCUUCCUACUCCUUCCUACUCCUUCCUACUCCUUCCUACUCCUUCCUACUCCUUCCUACUCCUUCCUACUCCUUCCUACUCCUUCCUACUCCUUCCUACUCCUUCCUACUCCUUCCUACUCCUUCCUACUCCUUCCUACUCCUUCCUACUCCUUCCUACUCCUUCCUACUCCUUCCUACUCCUUCCUACUCCUUCCUACUCCUUCCUACUCCUUCCUACUCCUUCCUACUCCUUCCUACUCCUUCCUACUCCUUCCUACUCCUUCCUACUCCUUCCUACUCCUUCCUACUCCUUCCUACUCCUUCCUACUCCUUCCUACUCCUUCCUACUCCUUCCUACUCCUUCCUACUCCUUCCUACUCCUUCCUACUCCUUCCUACUCCUUCCUACUCCUUCCUACUCCUUCCUACUCCUUCCUACUCCUUCCUACUCCUUCCUACUCCUUCCUACUCCUUCCUACUCCUUCCUACCCCUUCCUACUCCUUCCUACUCCCCUUGCCUUCCUACUCCCCUUGCCUUCCUACUCCCCUUGCCUUCCUACUCCCCUUGCCUUCCUACUCCCCUUGCCUUCCUACUCCUUGCCUUCCUACUCCUUGCCUUCCUACUCCUUGCCUUCCUACUCCUUGCUUUCCUACUCCUUGCCUGCCUACUCCUUGCCUGCCUACUCCUUGCACGCCUACUCCUUGCCCCCCUGCUCCUUGCUUUCCUACUCCUUGCCUCCCUACUCCUUGCCUCCCUACUCUUUGCCUUCUUACUCCUUGCCCUCCUGUUCCUUGCCUCCCUGCUCCUUGCUUGCUUCCUGCUCCUUGCCUUCUUGCUCUCUGCCUUCCACCUGCUCUUUGCCUUCCACCUGCUCUUUGCCUUCCACCUGCUCUUUGCCUUCCACCUGCUCUUUGCCUUCCACCUGCUCUUUGCCUUCCUACUCCUUGCCUUCCUGCUCCUUGCCUUCCUACUCCUUGCCUUCCUACUCCUUGCCUUCCUACUCCUUGCCUUCCAGCUCCUUGCCUUCUUACUCCUUGCUUCCUUACUCCUUGCGUUGCCUUCUUACUCCUUCCUACUCCUUUUAUGAAGACCGUUCGCCUAUGAGCUCGCCGCUGACUUUGUCACCCGGAUGCCCCUCAGGUUGGGAAGCUAUGGAAGCUGCGGCCGUUAUUGUGACGAGCCUCAGCCAUAGAUACUGUGACUAGCCUCGUCCGCUUUACUAUGACUGGCCGCAGACUUAUUGCGGCUAGUCUCAGUCUUGCCGUGACUAGUCUCAGUUUUACUGUGACGGGCUUCAAACUUAUUGCGACUAGCUUCGGCCUUAGUUACUGUGACUAGCCUCGCCCCCACUGUGACUAGUUUCGCGCCCACUUUGAUCGGCUUCCGACUUAUUUCGACUAGCCUCAGACUUACUGCGACUGGCCUCGCGCUCACUGUGACCAUUUUCAAACUUGACCACUCUCAGGCAAUAGCGUCAGGCUUUCGCUUAGGUGUUUGGCCUUUCUGAUCUCUCUUACUCUUUGUCCUUCUUAAUUAAUCCUUCUUAAUCUUUCUUAAUCUUUCUUAAUCUUUCUUAAUCUUUCCUAAUCUUUCUUACUCCUUCCUACUCCUUCCUACUCCUUCCUACUCCUUCCUACUCCUUCCUACUCCCUCCUAAUCCUUCCUACUCCUUCCUACUCCUUCCUACUCCUUCCUACUCCUUCCUACUCCUUCCUACUCCUUCCCACUCCUUCCUACUCCUUCCUACUCCUUCCUACUCCUUCCUACUCCUUCCUACUCCUUCCUACUCCUUCCUACUCCUUCCUACUCCUUCCUACUCCUUCCUACUCCUUCCUACUCCUUCCUACUCCUUCCUACUCCUUCCUACUCCUUCCUACUCCUUCCUACUCCUUCCUACUCCUUCCUACUCCUUCCUACUCCUUCCUACUCCUUCCUACUCCUUCCUACUCCUUCCUACUCCUUCCUACUCCUUCCUACUCCUUCCUACUCCUUCCUACUCCUUCCUACUCCUUCCUACUCCUUCCUACUCCUUCCUACUCCUUCCUACUCCUUCCUACUCCUUCCUACUCCUUCCUACUCCUUCCUACUCCUUCCUACUCCUUCCUACUCCUUCCUACUCCUUCCUACUCCUUCCUACUCCUUCCUACUCCUUCCUACUCCUUCCUACUCCUUCCUACUCCUUCCUACUCCUUCCUACUCCUUCCUACUCCUUCCUACUCCUUCCUACUCCUUCCUACUCCUUCCUACUCCUUCCUACUCCUUCCUACUCCUUCCUACUCCUUCCUACUCCUUCCUACUCCUUCCUACUCCUUCCUACUCCUUCCUACUCCUUCCUACUCCUUCCUACUCCUUCCUACUCCUUCCUACUCCUUCCUACUCCUUCCUACUCCUUCCUACUCCUUCCUACUCCUUCCUACUCCUUCCUACUCCUUCCUACUCCUUCCUACUCCUUCCUACUCCUUCCUACUCCUUCCUACUCCUUCCUACUCCUUCCUACUCCUUCCUACUCCUUCCUACUCCUUCCUACUCCUUCCUACUCCUUCCUACUCCUUCCUACUCCUUCCUACUCCUUCCUACUCCUUCCUACUCCUUCCUACUCCUUCCUACUCCUUCCUACUCCUUCCUACUCCUUCCUACUCCUUCCUACUCCUUCCUACUCCUUCCUACUCCUUCCUACUCCUUCCUACUCCUUCCUACUCCUUCCUACUCCUUCCUACUCCUUCCUACUCCUUCCUACUCCUUCCUACUCCUUCCUACUCCUUCCUACUCCUUCCUACUCCUUCCUACUCCUUCCUACUCCUUCCUACUCCUUCCUACUCCUUCCUACUCCUUCCUACUCCUUCCUACUCCUUCCUACUCCUUCCUACUCCUUCCUACUCCUUCCUACUCCUUCCUACUCCUUCCUACUCCUUCCUACUCCUUCCUACUCCUUCCUACUCCUUCCUACUCCUUCCUACUCCUUCCUACUCCUUCCUACUCCUUCCUACUCCUUCCUACUCCUUCCUACUCCUUCCUACUCCUUCCUACUCCUUCCUACUCCUUCCUACUCCUUCCUACUCCUUCCUACUCCUUCCUACUCCUUCCUACUCCUUCCUACUCCUUCCUACUCCUUCCUACUCCUUCCUACUCCUUCCUACUCCUUCCUACUCCUUCCUACUCCUUCCUACUCCUUCCUACUCCUUCCUACUCCUUCCUACUCCUUCCUACUCCUUCCUACUCCUUCCUACUCCUUCCUACUCCUUCCUACUCCUUCCUACUCCUUCCUACUCCUUCCUACUCCUUCCUACUCCUUCCUACUCCUUCCUACUCCUUCCUACUCCUUCCUACUCCUUCCUACUCCUUCCUACUCCUUCCUCCUCCUUCCUACUCCUUCCUACUCCUUCCUACUCCUUCCUACUGUUCCCACUACCACUGCCGGUGGAUGCGUCAGGUCUUAAUUUUUCAGUUUCUACUAAUAUUUAACAAGAUGUUGAAGUCAUGUGGAGUCAGUCUCUACUAAAGAUGAGCAAGUAGCGCUUGCUUCAGUCUCUAAUGAAAUGCGUGUGAAAAAACGGGCAUGCGAGAGCGCGUUGCUUUGGAUAUGUAUUGGGAAGGUGGCGAAGUAGUAUCCGGGAAAUCUUUAGCAAAGCUUCAGCGCAGGCUCGCCAUUUAAGGACGAAGAUGAUGCUUUUUGCAUCUUUCUAUGUAUCCCUUAUUUCAAGAAAUGGGUUAGUACCGUUGUACCUCAGUGCACCUUUUUAUCAGACCACCUUCCUUAAAGGCUCUCUUGCUACUUACGUCACUAUAGGGGUAGUGUACGUUCUUUUUAAGAAAAAACGAAAAGGGUAUUAUAGUAAUAUUAGUAUUUAUAGCAUUAGCAACUGGCGGGAAUCUCUUAAGCGCCUCCCUUCAGGAGCUUCCUUAAGGAGCUUCUUACUUUAAGGAAAUUGAUUUCCUUAAAGGUUUUCUAUUGGAGAAAAUUCAACUAAGGACUGCAAAAAUCCGGACAAAAUUCAAUCUUUCCGGGCAUGACGCGAAUCCGCAGAAUACUCGCCGCCUACUGCGUUCCCUUCUGGAAAACCCUCACCCAGUUGCGAGCCAAGAACUUCGGGCACCCUCCAAAUCCCCGCGCCCCUCCAGAAUCCCCCAGCUCACAUCUGCAGGCUGGUGCGGUGGACUCUGGAGGGGCGCGGGGAAUCACAUGAAACGAAACCAAAAGACAGAAAAACCAAGAGGAAGCAAGUGGCAACAGCCGCUAAGCGGAGCACUUCCAGGACGAGGAGGCGGCAAUAAAGACCGCUUUUGUGCAGUUCUUAGUUGACUUAGCGCCAUUAUAAAAAAUUACUAUAGCAUAACUUUCCCUAAGAAGCAAAGACAUUCCUUAAGGAGCUCCCUUAAGGGCGACUUGUUAUAGACUUAGGCUAAUAACAAGGGCUCCUUAGUUAAGGCGCUUGCUAGUGCUACGAGUUCAAAGCUACCGAGAAGGAACGUGUGAACGCCUUCCGCCAGAUAAUGCACAAGGAAAGUCAAGCGAGUUCCUGGCUUUUUUUUCGCUUGUCAGAUCUGUCGACCUUUCUAUGAAAUCGAGCCAGUGAAUUGUUUGACUGAGGAGAUUCCUCGCCAACUAAAAGGAUUGGGGCUGUUUUUUUGGUGGUGUCGGUAUCUCUCCUUCUAUAAGAUAUGACAAGAAAUCACUCACCACCUUGAGGCGUGGCCUUCUCCUGAAGUGCGGCUAUGGGGGUGCAUAGUAAUGCCAUCAGCGCUGCCGCCUCUUUCAUUGAUCUGCCGACGAAAUCAACACAAGGCGUUCGCGGCUGGUGUUAGUUUGUAGGCUACUCAAGUACACCAGCCACAACGGCAGCAAGACACUACGCGCCCACCCCUAGCGAAUCGCCUCAACGAACUUCCAGCCGCUACCCUUAUCGUGCGGCGCCUUUGCCUUUUUUCAAAAACUUCAGGGAGGUCAUUCAAAUACAGAGAAAACUGAGCGACCCCCGUGGAGUUUUUGGAGAAAUGUUAGCGCAUUCCCCCUCCGCGACUACCUUCCGCGCACAGCAAUCGACCACAGGAGCGCGCGGCCGUGUCCAGGUUUGGCCUUCUCAUAGGCAUGACGAUGCCCAACCAAGACAGAGGCCCCACCCUUCAGAUAUGGAGGGGCCCAGGCAUAUUCGUUCCCCUAACAAGCAUCGACGCCCUCCGGGUCCUCUACUUCUGUACACUACACGCAUCCAUGCGCCCAAGUUUGUCUGUAGUUAGGUAGCGGGUUGGCCAUAGCUAAGUAGCUCGCUAGCUGCUCGGCAGGCAUGCCGAGCCUGCUAGCUGCUCAGUAGGCAUAGAUGGCCUGCUGGCUGCUUUUUAGGCAGGCCUAGCCUGUUAGCUGCUCCGCCGUAGCUAUCGAGCCCACCGCCCCGCUAGCAGCUGCUCGCUUUUAUCUAGCUGGCUGGCUAGGGCUAGGCAAGCUAGCCCCUUGCCUAUGGCAAGCUUGCUAGCUGCUUGGCGAAAUCUGGCUCAGCAGCUGCUUUGCCGUCGCCAGUCUUCCAACUUUGCCGCGUCCCGCGAGCUUGCUAGCUAGCUUGGCCAUGGCCACGGUGCUCUUAUCUGCCUAGUUUGUUGCUGCCGCCCUAUGCCCAGCGCAGCGGGCCCUUGGUGGGCCCGCUUUCUGGGCAUGUGCCUAUGCGUUAUUUUAAGGACAGACGAAAAGGGUAUAGUAGUAUACGUUUUUAAGGAUAUGAACAUGAAACAAAAGGGUUUUUGCCGUGAAUUUGGCCUACUCAGACCUACUUUCAUAGAAUGUAGGCAGCUGAAAACCGUGACCAUUUUUCAUAAUAUGCAGCAGCUGAAAAGCGUGACCACGAAAAUGGUUGAGGACGAAAAAGAAACCAAGCCUGGCGUGGAAGCACUAAUGAAAAAAGAUCCGAUUUCGCCGGAUGAGGAAAAGAUCAAAAGCGAGUGGCGAAGGUUUGAGCAAUAUGUGGAGAUGGCAGAAGAGACCCAAAUUUCACUCGACUUUCUCACGGGGGCGCACAUCUUAAGGCUUUUCUUUAGAAGCUCGUGGUCAUCUUCUCAUGAAAAGUGGUCAUCUGACCAGAGAUCAGCUAAAAAAUCUUCUUCUCCCGAAAAGUGGAAUGAUCAAAUCUAUUGUUAUUAAUAAUACGCGAACAAGACUGACGCAUGAUUCACUACGAGACUGAACCAGUGGCCAUAAUGCUGAUGAAGAUUGACAAGUGAGCUUUUAGUAGAAGAUGAUACGAGACUGAAAGAGGACAUGCCGCAGUUCGAUCGCAGUCUGGCUAUGUCGUUUCUUACGGCUACUUGGCUUCAUGGGCGUGGCUUAGUGACUUGGCUUAAUGGCCCUUUUACUUUUAGUGGCUAAGUUGAGUAAAAAACUAGUUGCAUCGGUGGGGGAGAUAGGCAUGUAAGUAGUUCUAUGGAAAAAGCGAACAUCUACAACGAGUAUAUCUACAAUGUGCUCUGAUUGAUUAGUUGACUGGUUGACGGAUUCUCAAGUUCAUUGCGAGCUGCAUAAUAUACAUAGAUGCCCAGAAAGCGUGCCCAUGCAUGCAUCAAGGGCCCGCUGGGGUGGGCUGGGCAUACUUAGGUUAACAAACUAGACAGAUAACUAAGACACAGAAAGACAAGCGAAAAAAGUCGCUAAGUCUGCUCGCCAAGACUGGAAAGGCUGGCAAGCUGGCUCCCUCUGCGGCGAGGCUAGUAAGCUGGCUACUGCCUUGGCCGACUUGCUGACAUACUGGGAAGCCAAUGGGCGCCAAGCUCGGCCUCGGCGAGCUCACAAGCCUAGACUAGCUGGCUUGGGGGCCAUCCGUGGCGAGGUAGCUCAGGAGCCAUGGCUAGCUAGCUUGGAAGCCAUGGCCAGCCCGCUUCGAAGCAGUGGCCGCAAGGUAACGAUCCUGCCCAGAAGUCGCGGCCAGCUAGCCUGGAAGCCAUGGCGAGCCAGCUCAGAGGGAAGCCAUGGCGGCGGCUUAGCAUAGCUCAGAGUGAAAAUGAAGCCAAAGCCAGCUAGCUUAGAAGCCAUGCCCAGCCAGCUUGGAAGCCAUAGCGAGCUAGCCCAGAAACCGGGACCAGCUAGCUUUGAAGCCCUGGCCUCUGAAGGCGUGGCCAGCUAGCUUGGAAGCCAUGGCCAGCCAGCCCAGCUUGCUGGAAGCCAUGGCGAGCGGAGCUAGCUCAGAAGCCCUGACCAGCUAGCUUGGAAACCCUGACCAGCCAUCCCGGAAGGCAUGGUGAGCGAGGUCCGAAGCCAUUGCCAGCUAGCUUAGACCUUAGAAAGAAGCCAUGGCCAGCCAGCUUGGAAGCCAUGGCCAUGGCGCGCUAGCUCUGAAGCCCUGGCCAGCUAGCUUAGAAGCGUUGGGCAUCUAGCUAUGAAGCCUUGGCCAGGUGACUCUGAUUCUGAAGCCUUGGCCAGCUUGCUAGCCCUGAAGCCUUGGCGGCCAGCUUGCUAGCUUACUGGGAAGCCAAGCAAGCAAUGAAUUUGAGCGCCAUGGCUGACUAGCUCAGAACCCGUCGCCAGCUUGCUCGCCUCGAAGCCUUGGCCAGCUAGCUCAGAAGCCAUCGGCAGAUAGCUUCGAAGCUAUGGCCAGUCAGCUUGGAAGCCAUGGGGAGGGAGCUCCAAAGCCAUGGCCAUGUAGCUUCGAAGCCAUGGCCAGCCAGCUCAGAAGCCACGGGCAGCGCCAGCUAGCUCAGAAGCCAUGGCCAGAUAGGUUAGAAGCUAUGGCCAGUCAGUUUGGAAGCCAUGGGGAGGGAGCUCCAAAGCGAUGGCCAUGUAGCUUCGAAGCCAUGGCCUGGCCAGCCAGCUUAGAAGCCUUGGCCAGUUGGCUCAGAGUGUGGCCUCGCCUGGCCAGCUAGCUCGGAAGCCUUGGGCGGCUCCCUAGGUAGCCUAGAGGCCACCGGCUGGCCAGCUGCUUCUGUCACAGCUGUCGCAGCUUCUGCGCUAGCCGCUUCCUUAAGGGAGGGCCCUUAAGGAGGGGGCUAUAAUAGCCACUUUUAAUAAGAGAGGGGUCCCUAAGGGGGCUUUUUAAGGGUGGCACACCUUUAAGGAACUUCCCCAAGGAGCUUCCUUAAGGGCCCACCCUUAAGAAGACCGUAGAAUUUGCUUAACUGUAUAUUAUAAGUAUUGAUAUUCAUCUACGCGGAGUGUGUCAUCUAUGGCCUUUCUUUUCAUGUAGGAAACAGGUCGAGGUCACUUCACAGAUGAAUUUACAUUUAAUUUAGAUUCGAUGUUACCUGAAUCUUCGGAGAUACUCCGCGAGCUAGAUGUAGAUCCUCGGAGGUCAUCUUGCAAUACUCAAGAGGUCGUGUGAGACAGGCAGACCCGUAUUUGAUUGAUUCAACGUGGUUGCAACCCCUACCCCUAUUCUUCCAUAAAUUUGGUUUUCCAUGAUAGGACUCCAUAGGAUACGAUAUGCUUCUUCCCCACCAGAGAUGAAGAAGCACAAGCUUUUUGCUCACUGGUGCGGUCGUGUAAUUAAAUUAGAACUACGGAACAAGAAGUCUUCCUCACAACUGAAAUUAGGACUGCGGUUCUCGUUGCGCGACUUCUUGUUCAUUUUCCGUUGGAUCCUCAUUCACAACUUUCAAAAGAAUAUCAGUACAUUGGCCCUCUUCCUCGGUCCACCUUUACUAUUACUCAUUUCCUUAGGAUGCAUGGACUAUAUCGUGCUCCUUCGUCUACUUCCCCCUCCCCCCAGAGCGACAACAACGCCUGAUCUAAGUUUCCGUUAGACCGAACCCCUGGAGGGGAUCUCUUGGGAUUGAGCGACCUCUGGAUCCACCUGCCGUUCUUUCCCUCAAGACGCGCGCUUCUACUCGAGCGAUACUUUCUUUAUGAGGCGUGAUGAAGAAGCGUUAGUAGAACUAGUAGUUAGUAGAUACUUUCUUUAUACGAAGCGUCAGUAGAACUAGUAGUACUAGUAGCAUAGUACUACUUACCCGCCAUGUCCCUACUGGCACGAGCAACAAGGAUAGAGAUCAUGAGAUCACACGAAGCAAGACAUAAAAAGAAGUACUGCGUAGUGGUUCUUCUUAACCCCUGGACGAGUGGGUACAUUCACUCACUCACUCACUCACGCGUUAGUAGAACUAGUAGCACUGGUAGCAUAGUACCCAAAAAACUUUCACCUUUUGGGUAAUAGAGUACUAUCAUCUAAUGAGAUGUUUUUGCCGCUUUUUACAUUUUGGGUAAGAGAGUACGAUGGAUCCUCUAGCGAGAUGUUUUUGUCGCUUUUUACAUUUUGGGUAAGAGAGUACGAUGGAUCCUCUAGCGAGAUGUUUUUGUCGCUUUUUACAUUUUGGGUAAGAGAGUACGAUGGAUCCUCUAGCGAGAUGUUUUUGUCGCUUUUUACAUUUUGGGUAAGAGAGUACGAUGGAUCCUCUAGCGAGAUGUUUUUGUCGCUUUUUACAUUUUGGGUAAGAGAGUACGAUGGAUCCUCUAGCGAGAUGUUUUUGUCGCUUUUUACAUUUUGGGUAAGAGAGUACGAUGGAUCCUCUAGCGAGAUGUUUUUGUCGCUUUUUACAUUUUGGGUAAGAGAGUACGAUGGAUCCUCUAGCGAGAUGUUUUUGUCGCUUUUUACAUUUUGGGUAAGAGAGUACGAUGGAUCCUCUAGCGAGAUGUUUUUGUCGCUUUUUACAUUUUGGGUAAGAGAGUACGAUGGAUCCUCUAGCGAGAUGUUUUUGUCGCUUUUUACAUUUUGGGUAAGAGAGUACGAUGGAUCCUCUAGCGAGAUGUUUUUGUCGCUUUUUACAUUUUGGGUAAGAGAGUACGAUGGAUCCUCUAGCGAGAUGUUUUUGUCGCUUUUUACAUUUUGGGUAAGAGAGUACGAUGGAUCCUCUAGCGAGAUGUUUUUGUCGCUUUUUACAUUUUGGGUAAGAGAGUACGAUGGAUCCUCUAGCGAGAUGUUUUUGUCGCUUUUUACAUUUUGGGUAAGAGAGUACGAUGGAUCCUCUAGCGAGAUGUUUUUGUCGCUUUUUACAUUUUGGGUAAGAGAGUACGAUGGAUCCUCUAGCGAGAUGUUUUUGUCGCUUUUUACAUUUUGGGUAAGAGAGUACGAUGGAUCCUCUAGCGAGAUGUUUUUGUCGCUUUUUACAUUUUGGGUAAGAGAGUACGAUGGAUCCUCUAGCGAGAUGUUUUUGUCGCUUUUUACAUUUUGGGUAAGAGAGUACGAUGGAUCCUCUAGCGAGAUGUUUUUGUCGCUUUUUACAUUUUGGGUAAGAGAGUACGAUGGAUCCUCUAGCGAGAUUUUUUUUUUGUAAUACCCCGCGAGUGGGUACAAUCAAUGAAUCAAUCAGUCAAGGAGCGUAUAUGUGCUAUCAUCUAGUGAGAUGUUUUUGUCGCUUCUAGGUAGACUUGCUUGUAGUUCUAGGUUCUAAAAUAGUAACAGCUGUCCGGUUCAGACAGGAGAGGCAUUCCCUAUCUCUAAUCUCUUGCGGAGAGACUUUUCUAAGACCACUGUAUGCACAGUCCUGCUCACCACUAUUUAUAGGGUUAUACUUCUAUGUACUUCACCUGCUCUAAUACUUCUCCACAAUCCGAGGAUCUGCGGGGAAACUGCGAAAAAUUUGGGAAAAGCAGAGGGAUACCGACUUAAGAAGCAGAUCCUUCCUAUUAGAAUUGGGAACCCUUUUCCUAUGUAUAGAAAUUAGUAGAGCAGUUUCACAGCGGAAGUGGAUGCACUCCAUGGUUAGGGUGCACUACAUCAGUUCAUAGCCACCACAUUAAGCCUAUCCGAUCCUACCCAGAAAGUAGAGUAACCUUGGAUAUUACCUAUCCGAUCUUCUCUUAUCCUGCCCAGUAAGUAAAGUAACCUUGUUGGUGUCCUCGGUUUUAUCGAUCGUCCCAUGCUAGCCGUAACGAGACGUAACUAAAGUAACCUUGGUGCAGCCCAGUAAGUAAAGUCCCCCCUCGCAAGUUGCCUCUCUGGGGGAGUCCUCAUACCAUCCGAACUCUCCAUUGG